UUUUUUCCUUCCCCCGCAGGAACCACGUCUCCCCUGACCCGAGGACCACCUCUUUUUACGUUCCACUAUCGGCGCCUCUAGCUCUCUCUCUCUCUCUCUCUCUCCCAUGUUCUUUCGUUAGAUUUCGAGCUGCACGCUUUGGCUGCAAUCCCACAAAUUUGUCUGCUUUCUCGGUUUCCUUGAGUUCCUGGGCAAUUCGUCUUGGCGCGUGGGAAAGUUUCUGGAGCGUCUUUUUGGUUGGAUUGUGUCGUGAGAGUGGUUUGAUCUCGUCGUUUGAAGCUUUUUGCGACGAACCCAUGAUUUUAGGCCGUCCCGCGGAGCCACUCGGCCACCCACUUGCCCCGUCUCUCCACUGAGGCGGAAAAAUUUCCCUCUUUUUAGGGUUUUCCUUUUUGGAAACGUAGGCUUUAGCUUUCAUCAGCUCCCAGGAGAUUCCCUUAAGGGUGGUGCUGGAUAUCAUAUUGAUUUGUGGUGCCUUCUCUUGAUUCAUUGCCCGCAUUUUUUUGUCGGGUCCCUUUUCCUUUUCUUGGUGGGUGGUGCUAGAUCGUCAUAGUCCGUGGCUUGUUGAGGCCUUUGGAGUUUUGGGUUGUAGAAUUCCUGUGUUUUUAGGAGGUGGGUAAUUUGGUUUUUUCAUGGUGGAAUGUAACAAUCCAUGGUUAUGCUAAAAGGGCUGGGCAGUUUGCUGCGAUUCUUGAAUCAGCAAAAUUGUGUUGGGCAUCGUUACUUGAAGAGUCAGGGAGGUUUGAUGUCUUCUUUACUCAUGAAAGAUCCUUUAUUUUCGAAGGGGUUUCAUGGUUCAACACACCCUUCACCGUCUUUGCCAAUUCGAAACACGUUUUUUGUGGGGAAAGUUGUGCCCAAGAUCGAUACUUGCAACGGUUUUAGGAUUAAGGGAGGUGGAGCAGGAUUAACGCUCAAGGGGUGCUUUGAAUUUGAGUCUAAUAAAAAGAAGGGGGAUGCUGAUUCUAAGAUCAUUGUGGAUAAUCCUCUCGCAAUUGCGCGAAGUCCACAAUUCGUGUUCCGUCAUGUGGGUGUGGAGAUUGAAGAUAAGAAGGAUGCUGGAUCUGUAAAUGGUAGUCGAUGGAGCAACCAUUCUGGUUUCCCUCGCCAGAACUUGCCAGAGAAGAUAGUAGUUGCAGUUGAUAUUGAUGAAGUAUUGGGUAACUUUGUCUCAGCUCUCAACAGAUUCAUUGCGGAUCGUUACUCUUCAAAUCAUUCGGUCUCGGAGUAUCAUGUGUACGAGUUCUUUAAGAUUUGGGGGUGUUCUCGCAAUGAAGCCGAUCUGCGUGUUCAUGAGUUCUUUAAGACACCGUAUUUCAAGAAGGGGAUUCACCCAUUGCCAGGUGCUCAGAGGGCACUAUACAAAUUAGCAAGGCUGUGUAAACUCUCAGUGGUCACGUCGAGGCAGAAUGCAAUCAAGGACCACACAAUAGAGUGGAUUGAGAAGCACUAUCCUGGAUUGUUUGACGAGAUUCACUUUGGGAAUCACUUUGCGCUAAAUGGGGAAUCUAGGCCUAAAUCAGAAAUAUGCAGGUCCUUGGGAGCCAAGGUUCUGAUCGACGAUAAUCCAAGAUAUGCUGUCGAGUGCGCCGAUGUCGGAAUCAACGUUCUCCUCUUCGAUUACGAGAAUUCCUAUCCAUGGUGCAAGACAGAGUCAAUCGAUAAACACCUUGUCACGAGAGUCCACAACUGGGAAGAAGUCGAGCAACGAUUGGUUUCUCUGGUUGCUGCUUAGUUUUCGCGACAGAGCGACGAUGGGGCUUGCGGGUACACCGCGACUUGAUCAAGAACCAUCAUCGCGAACAAGUAUCCUGUGCCCGGAGCUUCGCGGUGCUUGAUGCCGACGGAGGUCUCCUCGCCAUCAGCUCAUUCUUUUAGCCUAAGCGUUCUUAUGUCUUGAAAGGGAUCAAUAAGUCGUGUCCGUAUGUAACUACGCGGGGGCCGGUACCUCGUGAGGACGCGGCUGUGACUAGGAACUCAUCAUCAACUUUGAUAUUUUUUUUUCAUUUGGUAGGUCUAUAAAUGCAACGUUAAAGAAAGUAUAUAUAACACGACCCUUUUGUUCCUCAAAA